GUUUCAGAGUGUAGUUCACAAUCAGAUUCACACACUUAAUACAUUCAUACGACAGCUUCGUUUAAUUCGUUUUCUUUGAUUUUUUGAUUUUCCACAACUAGUAUUGUCGUCGAAAUGGCCUCUUUCGCCGCCGCCAGAUCAAUUCUCCGUUCUGCCUCAGCCGGUAUCGCUGCGGCUCGCCUCGCGUCUCGUGGUAGCUCCGCCAAAGCUGCUCCGUCGCAAUUUCGUACCUCUGGGAGGAAAUCCCUAUCUCAACGCACUUUCAGGUACCCUGUUGAAUUGAGCUCUUGUGUGGAAACGCUGCUGCCAUACCACACAGCUACAGCUUCCGCUUUGAUGACUUCGAUGCUUUCCAUUACUCGCCGCGGUUAUAUUUGGUUUCCCGAAGAUCAUUGAGAUAGUGAUAUCUCUAAAGUGUAAUAGCUGAUGAAAAUUUUCAAAUGAUGUUUGAUGUUUGUUUGAUUGUGAUUGUAAAAUAUGUUGCCAGUGGAUGGUUCUGCUUUUGUUGAACCGGGCUAGGAAUUGAUAGACAUGGUGAGGGUGGUAUUUGUUAGAGGAAUUGGAUUUGACUAUUAGUUAAGAAUAUGAAUUGGUGUUUUGAAAGCUU